CCCGGAGCCUUCGGGGCAGCAUUGUAUAAUUUGUGCAUAUUUUCCCGUAGCCCUUCGAUUAUGUAGUUCUGUAAGUGUGUAUGUGUGUGCGAGAAGAAAAAUCGAAACAGACCGCGUGUGAGAUAAACAUAAAUACACGCGCAAAACAAACACACACACACGUGUGUAUACAGCAUCAGCACUCACACACGGUACAAAGUGACGAAUGGCCUCGCAUACAGCACAUAAAGAUGAUUAAUUAUUCAUAGUAGAGAUUUGUGCGCUAUCCCAUCCCAUCCACCCUCUAUGCGGAGUGGCACGCGCGGGAUGCUUUUUCUCGUUUGCCCGGGGGCCAUCUGGCCGGAUCCGUUUUGGGGCGAGCAGAUGGUGAAACAGUUCAGAUUGACAAUGAGUAAACGCGACCGGUCGUGAGAUAAUAGACAGAUUGCUGUCAUUUCGCUUUGUCUGUGGAUUGUUCGGGGCGGGAGUGGAGCCUAUGAGAUUGACAUCUGAUAGAGUCAUCUGCAGAGUUUCGGUAACAAAGCCGGGCCGUGUCUUUUGCAUAGCAAUGCGAACAAAGUAGUAGAGCAAAAGUGAGAGUUUAUUAGUGCCAGUGUGACGAGAAAGCAAUCUUGCUUAAUGUGCGCGUUGUGAGGUUUUUGUUGUGCAUAAAUGUCUUAUUCUAUAAAAUGUCAAAAAAUGAAAAUUUAACGCACUUCAAUGAACCGUUUAUCGUCACAUCAUUUGCCGUAAUGGUAGGGUUCUGAUUACUAUCGAUCGGCAGGGGGGGCCGUGAACAACAAAAACCACAGCGUGUCUAAACCUCCUCGCAAGGGUGCAGACAAACCCGAAGCCUUGAAGCGAUUGUGAAAGUGAAUAAUUAAUGCAAUAAUGAAAACCUAAUCCGAUUAAAGAUGUUUCAAACAAAAGGCGCAAAGAAACGAUCAUUGGCGCCGCCGCUUCUGACGUUGCCGUGUGAAAAAGCGUGUUACGGCUAAAAAGCUAAGACGCAAAGCGUGAUGCCUAACUUUAGGCGCUGGAAGCAGUGUGAAAAAUAGGGCGAGGAAAUAAACACAAGCUCUCGAACACGGGCCGCUAUGCUAUGAGCUGCCACAAAGGCAAGUGAUAACCGAUACCGACAGGCAGGAAAUAUCGAUACGACUGCUGCUGUUAGCUGACGAUGUGGCGUCAAUUAUCGCGAUGAUGGUUUCUGUGCAAUCGAGCCGGGCUGGUUGUAAGACGGGAAAGCGAUAUCAAGCAAACACGACAGGCGAUGAUGGUGAUGAUGAUGAUGAGAUGAGCUAUCUGGUGUUACAAUCGGCAAGGAUUAUUAAUUUGCUCAUCAGUCUUGACGAAGGAUUGACGAUCUGUUGAUAUCUUGAGCGUAGAAGGACACGUCUUGGUUUUGGAGGUUUGUUCUAGUGGUAAACGGUAGUUGGUAUGGAUUUGUGUACUGAAGGUAUUAUGCGACUUUUAUCAGGGGCAUCUUCUAUCAAGGUUUCUAUCGAUUUAAACAUGAUUAAAACUACACGCUCGUCAGGCACAGAUGAAAAACUUCAUCUCCACCACGUGUUAAAGGUGUCAGAAAAACAAAAAAAUCGCCGGCUCAAAUCAUUACUCUUAGCUCAUCAUCCGUAAGCUUAACGGCCGGUUUCGGGGAGAUGACCGGUACAUUCCAAGCAAAUGGUACGUCUGCGGUGCAAACAGUGACUCCACAUUGCUACCUCCGCAUGCACCGGAAAUUGGCCGUGAUUUAUGAGGUCAGUGAACAUGAUUCAGUGCAGCUUGGGAGCAAAGUUAUUGCACUUCACUCGAGGUGCACCGUACCGUGACGUCGUUCGUUAGUGUCGUUCCGAGUGCUCGGGCUAGCCUUUAUUGGAGUGAGUGUAGCACUGCUAGCACUGGAAAGCAACCAUCCCAUAUAUACUCACCGUCGGCUUUGGAAUGUGCAACAGCAACAUUUUUGGCAACAUUUUCCAGCAAAAUCUCAGCUGAUCCGUCCGUUCCCGGGGUCAGCUGUCGGUAUUGACCUGUGCUGUGCCGGUGGGUGAGUGGCUGGUUGGAAUGUGACGGGUGAAAAAAAAUUAUGCUUUCCCACAAUGAAGCAAACGUACGAGGAAGCGACCUGACCUGGCAUGCCAUGAGGAGAGCCAAACCGUGUUCCGGUGUGGUACGCUUGGAGGAAAGCAGUUAAUCGGAUAUCCGCUGAGUUAAGGGCGGCCGACACGCAGCGAGAUCCAGCAUGUUACCAGCACUUAAAAAAGGACUCUGUAGUGUAACGAAAAUAGUAGCAGUGCGAUAAAAUGCUAAUGUUUUACACCGCGAUGAAAGCAACGCUGUAAACAGAUUGUACCGGCUCCAAGGGCAACUCCCUUUAGGCAGUAGGUUAAGGGAAGUGAACAAAAAAAAACGAUAAAAAAAAUCCACACACAAUCAUAACAAUAUUCAUGGCACAAUGUGAAGGGUGUUAGAAAAAGUGUACGAAAGUGAAUGAAGCAAACGAGUAAAAAUCUGUCAGACAUCGUAAAAGCAAGUGGAACCGUUUCCCGUUUUUGUUGCCGCUUGCUAAAAUUAAAACUCCGCUAGCUGCUGUUAGGAAAAGGAAGAGUAGAAAAUCACCCAACUGAUGCGCCAAACGGCAACAAGAACAGAACACAAAGAAAGUCAUCCACUCCCGCGUACAGUUCCUGUCCUUACGGGAAAAAAGGAAGUUAAAAUCUAGUCACAGUGAACGAAAAAAAAAACAAUGAUACCAAUGCACGAGCCAUACAGUGAAGGCCAAAAUGGGCCUUCCGUUCGGAACCAGCGGGCUGGGAACAGGUGGCAACGUAAAUCCGACAGUAUCCGCCAAGGGUUGGCUAGCGCUGCGAAAAACGUCAUCUGAAAUUCGGUCGACAGGCAAAACAAAACCAAAGCAACAAAACCCACCCAUUUUUUUUCAAACAAAACAGCAAAAAAAAAGUAAGGAAGAGUCGUCACUGUUUCUUAGUGUUUUUAGUGAUUAUUUCCCAUCCGAUUGCCUCGCCGUUGGUCACUGGCGGGCAAAAAUUCGUUACGCCACCAACCUUCUGCUGAGAAGUUUAAACCCAUUUUUGAGUGUGAGGCAGGCUUAAAAGUUUUUUCCCUUACUCGCUCAAGUGCAACUGUGUGUUUGUAAGUGUGUAUUGCUGUGCGUCUAUGUGUGUGUGCGCGAGGAAAAAGGAGUAAAAGAAAAAAUAGUGCAAGAAAAAAAAUUAUCCCAACCCCCCGAAAAGUGAUAAAGGGUGUGCUUCGUGAGUGAGAAAGUGUGUUUGUGUGGUGUUUCAGAUUUUUCCCGAUUCCGUCAGUGGUAUUACCGCGUGGUAUUGCACUUGUUGUUUUCGGCUGUGUGAAAGUUUUUCCGGUGUGCUUAUACCUUUAGUUUUUGGCAGUAUUUGCAUUCCCAGUUUGCCAGGGGUUUUCCCGGUCAUCUCGGUCGUCGCGCGUGGUUGUCGUUGCGCGUCGUCAUCUCGGGGUGCCUUCUCCCCGGUAAAGACCGGUGGAAUUAUUCGUGGUCGGUGUUCGGAUUUUUUUUUGUUUUCGUUUUGCUUGGUGCUUUCCAUUACCCAUCUGUGGCUCAGGUUUUAUUUUCCCUUUCGACCCGAUUAUUUGCAUUCCUUCCAUUCGUCGUGAGCGAAAGGUCAGCCGCGCGUUAACUGGUGCACGGAUGAAAUUGUGCGGCGUGUGACAUUUUUCGGCGAACACGGUGGUGCACACGAAAAUUUGAGCCACAUUUUACGAGUAUCAUCAUCACCAGGGAAAGGUGGAAAAGCAAAGAAAAAACUAACUCUCGUACACGAAACGAAGGGCAAAAACACAUCAUGGAGAUUAUUAAAAUAACAGUUUUGCUGCUGUGGUCCGUCGCAUCGAGCGUGCUAGGAUUAGCGAAAGCCAAACAAUCACACAUGCACGAGAAUCCGUCGGAUUUCAAUACCGAGGCCAACUUUCCGCGGUUUGCAGAACCGAUCCCAAACAUUACGGUUACGAUAGGACGUGACGCAUUGCUGGCCUGUGUGGUGGAUAAUCUAAAAGGAUACAAGGUCGCAUGGGUGCGAGUGGACACGCAAACCAUCCUCUCGAUUCACCACAACGUGAUAACGCAGAACCCACGCAUUAGCCUCACCUAUAACGAUCACCGGUCCUGGUAUCUGCACAUCCGGGAGGUGGAAGAAAGUGACCGGGGCUGGUACAUGUGCCAGGUGAACACCGAUCCUAUGAGAUCUCGCAAGGGCUACCUGCAGGUUGUAGUACCACCGGCAAUUAUUGAAUCGAUGACAAGCAACGACAUGGUGGUGCGCGAAGGUACCAACGUAACGCUGAACUGCAAAGCGAAAGGAUUUCCCGAACCAUACGUAAUGUGGCGACGAGAGGACGGUGACGAGAUGGCCAUAGGAGGCGAAAAUGUAAAUGUCGUUGAUGGUGAAAUUCUACACAUUACCAAAGUCAGCAGACUUCACAUGGCCGCUUACCUGUGUGUUGCAUCGAAUGGAGUACCACCCUCGAUCAGUAAACGAGUGCAACUAAGGGUACAAUUUCCACCAAUGCUUUCCAUCCCGAACCAGCUGGAGGGUGCGUACGUUGGACAGGAUGUUGUGCUCGAGUGCCACACGGAGGCGUACCCAGCAUCAAUCAAUUACUGGACGACAGAGCGUGGUGAUAUGAUAAUUUCCGAUACCUCCCGUACGGGUGAUAAGUUCGAAACGAUGUCCCGUAACACCGGCUACACGAAGUAUAUGAGUCUGAAGAUUCGCAACGUUGGACUGGCGGAUUUUGGCUCGUACCGAUGCGUGGCGAAAAACUCAUUAGGCGAAACCGACGGACUAAUCAAAUUGGACGAAAUACCGGCCCCGACGACAAUAUUGACAACCGAAUCACUUUAUAACAAUCGAUCAAAAGGACGCAAAGCAAACAAGAAACAUGAUCCAAUGAUGGUUGGCGAUUAUGGCGUAGAAGAAUGGAAGGAGAAUGGACCUUCGAUUCGGCAUCCUCCUGGGGCGUUUCACAAUGGUGCAGCGACAACUUUAACAACCGCAGGACCAUGUAUCCGGACGGUAACAACCUACUGCUGUGUUCUCGUUCUGCUGCAGCUACUGUCGGCGUUCGCUUCCCACCAUCAGUAUCAUCGACAGCAGAGAUGAAAGUGAAACUCAACUCCAUCCACGGCACGUCAUCAAACAACUCAUCGUCGUACGUUUCCUGCGGUAGGCCUUGCAGAUGGCGCAAAGAAGGUUGCGUUUUUUUAUUGCGACAUAACAGAAUGCAAGUAAAAUCGAAACAGCUCGAAAAUCGAAAAAUGUUCCGCGCCGAUUGCAAAUCGUAGGACGGGAACGCGGGAAGGUGAAUGAAGGUUGCGUAGUGGACAUUCCAAGCAAAAAAACAAACACAA